CUGUAAAGAAACCGGAAGGGAGUGGAGGACCCGAGACGAACAAGACAAGCUGAAAACAUGGCGUUAGGAGAUGCGUGGAAACAAAUAUCGUGGUUUUAUUAUCAGUAUCUUCUUGUCACGGCACUGUACAUGUUGGAGCCUUGGGAGAGGACCGUCUUCAAUUCUCUCCUGAUAUCUGUAGCAGCCAUGGCUGUAUACACUGGCUUCGUGUUUAUGCCACAGCACAUCAUGGCCAUUUUACACUACUUUGAGGUGAUCCAAUGACCAGCACGCCAACGGCUGCCCCAAGGUUUCCCCCUGGUGGUUCGAAACAGGAGUUCUCCUGUCAGCCUCUUAUUCUCUCCUUGCAUUUAGUGAACUGAAACUGGGGAAAUCCGAUGACAAGCAGGCAGAGGAGUCGUAUAAACCAUUCCAUUGUCGUAUCUGUGGCUAUGGACCCUGUAUGAGUGCACAACUUCUGAGACUCUAAGCACAUACUGCCCUGUUAGUAAAUGGUGCCCUGAUAGUCAGCGAUCAUUGUAUAUACAAUGCUGCAGUUUUUAUAAAACUUUUUUUUUUUUUUUUUUUUUGCUUCGAGGGCAGUGAUUUAUUGAGAACGCUAAAUAUUUUCUGAUAAUAAAUGUGUAUAUUUAAGUGUAUACAUAUUUGUAUCCGUUUUAUAAAGAUUUAUUUUGACUGGUGAUUAAAUGAUUUUGUUUGCCACAGUGGCACAUUGUAUACACUGUAUGCAUUGUAUAGAACUUGUAUCCUUUUCAUGACCUUCUGUGAGAGCCAGUGCAGAGAUCUGCCUGUACAGAAAAUUGAUUCAGGCUGCUAUUUUAAACUUAAUCUGGGUGGUAACACUCUGGCUCCUUCUCCAUAUAUAUUAUUAAAAAAUAUUAUUAGUAUAUUAUUAAAAAAAACACAAUCCAGUAAAAAAAAAACCUCUUUUACUUUAUGUUGAACCUACAUUUUCUUUUAGAUGGCUUUACACAAGUUUCAGAAGUUAUUUAUUUAUCUUCAUGGAGUGUUUUGUAUGUUCUUAAUACUGUGUGACUGUCAUUCUGCCUGAAAAGCAACUAGAGUCUCUUUGGAAAUGUUGAACCUCCCAAAUCUCAAGGUCAAUGAUCUGACACACACUAAAAGAGGAAUUUGUUUUUGAUGUGGUUAUCAGUCAGGAAACUAUAGUUUAGUCUGCGAGGACCAAAAUUCCUACAGUAUGCUUGAAUAAACAUACUUUAUUUAAUCUUCA